GAGCGCGGUUCGUACGCCGACGAACGAACGAACACCGGAACACAACGGUCGUGCGUGAAAAACACAGUUCCUCCCUCGUGGCCAAACCGUGUCCAACAAAAACGUAAACAAAGUGACCAUUACCACUCGGUGGAAAGCAGGGGCUGCUGCGAUCCGUUGGUGGUCAAAUUAUAGCAAAAGUCAGCAGAAACCACCAGGAGGGGCACCAAACGGUAACGAAGGUCCACUUCCUUGUCCCUAUUCUGUGAAGAAGCAACAGAAGAAGAAGAAGAAGAAGCAGUGGUUGGUGAAGAAGUGAGCCGGAAAACAAAAACGACAAAAAAAAAAAGAGAUCAAAAAUAUGUAAACAGUUGCUGCGUCUCUUGGACCACGUUGUGCGCGUGUGUGUUGUGUGUUGUGUGCUGUGCGUGAGACGUGUGUAAAGUGCUGCUUGCUGCUGGCUUAAAGUGAAGGAAGAAGAACCCGGUUCAUGCCCCUAGCGGCCCGUUGUUGUUGGGUGCUACAUCCUCCUCGAGUGACUGAAGCGCCGCAUCACCGGCACCAGCCACCGCCUGCUGUAUCGGCGGUGAAAGAUGGCCGAAGAUGGGCGCGAAUCGUCGUCGUCGGUGGAGCAGGAAGUGUUGGUUCGUGAGGAUGAUGGCCAGCAGAAGAAGGAAGCCGAUACGGUACAGUCGGAGGUGAGCACAGUGGCGGCAAGCGAUGCCGUUGCCACCACUGCGGACAACAACAGACCUGUCGACGAAGAGAGGAAACAAGAAGCAGCUGCUGCACCGGCUUCACCGGCUCCACCGGAAGACACAAUCGUUGCAUCAGCAGAACCAGCACCAGUCGCCGACGUCUCCGCUACAGCAACCAAUGAUGAUGAUGAUGAUGAUGUUGAUGCUGCUGCUGUGCAUCAAGAGGAAAGGCAGCGGACACCAUCACCCACUGCCGCCGCCACUAGUCCAACAGAACAAAUCCCGUCCAGUGCGUCGCCCAGGCCCUCAACGCCACCAGCACCACGAUCAGCAUCACCCUCACCCACAGUGGAAGAAUCCAAAGAAGAAGCAAAAGAAGAUGAAGAAGCACGAACAGAAGAACCGGGGGAGAAGGAGCAACCGGAGUCGGAGUCGAAGCCAGAGAAGGAACCCGAGGCCACCAUCAUCGACAGCGACGACGACGCAGACCACGUCGCCACCGCUCCUGCUGCUGCUGCUGCUGCCAGCGAAUCGGUUAAGCCGACAGUCGAUACAGAGCCAACGGAUGUAGCGGAAGAUGUGGAGCGACGAGAGGUGACCGAGCGAACGGCGACGGUUGCGGAGAAUCACAACGAGGUCGAUCGGGCGCCGCCCGUGGUGGAAACUUCCAGAGAACCAACGCCACCACCGGAGACCGGUACGAGCACCAGCGAAACCGAGGCCGAGCAAGUUCCUGAGGCGGUGCAGCCAGAGCCUGCUGCUGCAACGGAGACGACCACGACGACGAACGAAGGUGAAGCGGUCCCCGCUGCUGCUGCUGCUGCUGCUGCUGCUAUGGAAACGGACGCUGUGGUGCUACCCACCGAGCAAACUGACAGUGAGCAAGCUGGUAAAGACGACGACGCGCCUGCUGUGGCAGCCAGUAGUAUCAGCGGCGAAGGAGAGGAAACGGUAGCAGCAGCAGACGCAGCCGCAGCACCAGCAGCAUCGAAGCCAGCCCUGAUGACAGCUGUUGCUGCGGUGCCGGGUGAGAAGAAACGCAAACGACGGUCGGAAGAGCGCAGCAACCAUAGCGAAGGCGAAGUCAUCGACGGCAGCAGCAGCAGCAGUAGAAGCAGAAGCGCCAGUCCCAGCGGUCGUUCGGUGAAAAAGGUGAAAUUGGCGGACGCGAACAAGCAGCAGGAGUGUGGUGACGGUGAGGAGGUGGAGCAGCAAACGACGACGAAAAAGAAGGAAAGCGAACGGAGUGAAGAACCAACGAAACAUCCGCAGCAGCAGCAGCAGCGGAGUAGCAGCACAACCAUGUCCAGCGGCAUCAGCACCACGACGUCCACCGGUAUUUCGUUGCUAAAGCCACGCACGGCAGACGAUUCCCGGCGUCCACCGGUGGAUGUGGAGCGAUCGAAGAGCCCAUCGCCAGCUCGCGCGAAAUCGCUCGAUGCUGGCAGCAGCACAAAGGACGAUUCAACCGCCGCGCUACGUACUGACUCACCAACGGCCAAGGAGGUGGAAGCGGUGGAAUCGAUCGAAGGAGAAAGCCACACUCCACUGCCACCCCCCAAGGAACCAUCAGCAGCGUCUCCGUCCUCCUGCGUGAACGAGAAUCGUCGGACAUCGGACGAAGAAACCACCGUCACUACCACCACCACCACCACCACCACCACCACCAGCGUCGUCGUUCCUCCGACCUCGUCCUCACCAUCGUCGGGUGUCCCGGUUGAAACGAUGCCCACGACGACCUCUACACUGACGCCCACGAAGGCGUCACCGCAGCACGGUGGCAGCGAAGGUGGCUGCACCCCGGUCAAGAUACCGCUCGAUACGGGCCGGCUGGAGGCGGAUCUGCAGUGCUGCAAGCGGCAGCUGGCCGACGUGCGCACCAAGUACGACGUGACACGCAAGGAGCUGCACGCCACCAAGCGCAAGCUGAAGCGUAUUACGGCCCGCAUGAACGGUUCGACGACGGGGGCGACAGGUGCGGCAGGGACUGGAGCGGCUGUGGCGCCCGGUAUGGCCGGCAGUGGAUCGGGUGGAUCCGGUCCCGGUUCGGGCGGUAAUUCACCGCACGCUGGCGGUUCGUCCGACGAGUCGGACCGCAAUCGCAAGUGGCGCGAACCGAUGAUACUGUCCGCGAUGAAGAUUAAGGCCGCGAUGGGCAUCCAGGCGUACAAGUCGCUGAUCAAGGAUGGCGAACUGUUGCUGCCCAGUCUGCGGACCAUCACGCGCUACCUGGAAUCACUGCGAAAGGCUGCGACCACCGGUGGUGGUGGUGGUGGUGGUGCCGCUGCUGGUGCUGCUGGUGGCCAAGGAGUGAUCGGUGGUGCCGGUGGCACUGCCACUUCCCCGAUGCUGGUCGAUGAGGAGGAAGACGAAGACGAUGAGGACGAAGAGGACGAAAUGCAGCAGCAGCACCUUGGCCACGGCCACGUAGCAGCGAAAGGUCAUCUGGGUCACAAGACGGCCAACAGUGCCGCCAAUGGUGGUCGCCGAGUGGUCGAUCACAAUCGCAACGAGCAACGGGCGCGUCCGGGUGUUGGGCAGCACUAUCAUCAUCACCAGCUACCACCGGAUGUCCAGCUACAGGCGGUCGAGCCAGGCAACCACCAUCACCAGCGGCACAUCAAGACGGAGCACGAUCCAGUCGUCAGCUUUACCGCCUCUCCGGAUAUUAACUACUAUCAGCACAAUGCGGACGAUGACGAGUACGAUGACGAGGAGGGAUGCCAAAACCCGGCCAGCAUGCUGGAAGAUGGUUCCGGUUAUGGCGGCGGCGGUGAGGCAGAUGCUGCCAACUAUCAGGCCCAGUACCAUCAUCCGCAUCAAGCAAACCACCAACAGCAACAACCACAGCAGCAGCAAACACUAUCACAAGGCCAGAUCGAGUUUCUCAAAUCGAUGGUCGGGUUCCGCAAGAAGUGGACACCGUACGAGCUGCGGAUGUGCAACGACAUUCGGCGUAUCAUUGGGAGCCGGGAGUACGAUUCGUUGCGCAAGAACGACGGUAUGCCGUUGCCGAGCGUGAAGACGUUGCGCAAGUACCGCCACACGGCGCAGGACGAGGUCGAGGAUGUGGUGAACCGGAAGCGCCCGAAGCAACAGCAGCAGCAGCAUGAGCUGAAGGACGAUCCGAGCCAUGGCGGUGCUGGUGGUGAUGCGUUACGUACGACGGGAGCAGCAGCCGAAGCAGGUGAUCAGGCCAAUGCGGCUGCUGCGGCCGUUGCCGCCGCCGCUGCUGCUGCUGCAACAAUUGGCCGGUGUUUCUUUGGUUCGAAACAAUCGCUCAAAUCGGAACAAGACAGCUUGGAUGGACAGUUUGAUGCACGAAUGUUGACGCUGCCACAGAUCAGUUUCCUGCAGACGCUGUCGAUGAACACGAAGGGUUUCUCCGAUUAUGAGCUGCAGCGUUCGCUCGAGCUGAAGAACGAGCUGGGUUGCAAGAACUACGAAAUGUUGCGGCAACAGGAGUUCCUAAACAUUCCCACGCUGGCCAUGUUGACGCGGUACGAGCAGGAUAACGGACUGGAGGAUCUAUCGCGCUACGCCGAGGCGGCCAUCGAGGAAGAGGAAGAGCAACCACGUGGGGAAGGAAGUGAUGGUGGGAGUACGGCAGCGGCACCGACGGCUGCUGGUCACCACCACCAGUCGAUGGUCGAUGAGCAGCAGCAGCAGCAGCAGCAACAACAGCAGGAACAGCAACGGCAACAGGCACAACAGGAACAGCAAGCCCGUGAGCAGCAGCAACAGCUGGAGCUGUACAAUCGACUGACGCAAGCGGAUCCGGCCAGACAUCCGCUGUUCGAUAGCAUUGCCGACGAUUCGCCUCCCGGUGAGGGUGCGGAUUUGUCGGGCAAUCUGACGGCUGCUGCUAUAGCGGCAGCGAUGACGGCUGCAGCCGCGGCCGCCGCAGCCGGUAUCCAUCCGCUCGAUCUGAACGGUGGUUCCGGGACGGGCGAUGAGUCGUCGCUCAGCAUCUUCGAGCAUCAUUCGAUCUUUGACAAGGAUACACCCUCGUUCGACAUGACCAAACUGUCGCCGGCGCACGUCGAGUUCCUCAACACGCUACCGGAGAACCCGAAACGGUGGACACAGGAGAUGAUCAACUCGGCGCUCGACAUCAAGAACGAGAUCGGCACGCGCGACUAUGAGAUUCUGCGGCGACAGGGGAUACCGCUACCGGCCGCUCGGACACUGCGGCGCCACAAGGACAUCCGCAGCAAGGCCGAUCGGGUUGGCGGUGAACCGGGGGAACUGUUGCCACCUGGCAGUGCUACCACUCCGCCAUCGGCCGGUAUCGUUAGCAGUGGUUAAGCGGCUGGGAGCAACCGCCAGCAACCAACGCAUCCAGUCGAUUAUGAAUCGUUUUUGUACCUGUGCCACAAGUUUCUCAACGAUUACAAGAGGAGCUCAAUGGGGGCGAAGGGGUGGGGGCAUGAUAUCCUUGCUCCUCAUUCUUUUGCGACCCACUCCUAGCUGUUUGUGCCCGUCGCUUGUCGUCGAUUGUUUGCACGACAAACCGCGUGGGAUCGUUGUGAUUUGUACAUUUUUACCAUGUCAGUGAUAUGUAGCGACUUCGCCCAACAGUCGUCUUUCAAAUGAUUUGUUCUGCUCGAACGAGUUCCACCGACCGGCCCAUUCAAUCAAGUUGUACGCCAGCAUUUCUAUUGGGCCAUUGUGGUCAGACUUAAAGGGUUCUUCGCUGCAGGGCAUUAUUUCGUAGCGAGACCUAGGUGCACCCGAGCAUAGACUCGAUGUCUGCCAAAAAAAAGGAUCCUCCUCGAUAUCCGACAGCUACCGACAGUUCUUUAUGUAGACGUUCUUAUUUGUAAUGGCAGAUGAAGGAAAUCUUAAACCUCUUAUGCAGGUUCCUUUCUGUUCAUUGUACCGAGUGCAAGCGUCAGUAGUGCGGAGUCAGUAUCUAUGAUUAGUAAUAGUAUCGUAUCGUAUUAGCUGCAUAUCAGAGAGACAGGAAGAAGAAGGGGGAGAGUGAAGGAAAUGCAUUCACUCUCCCUAAAAACUCGAAAUGAUGAAAUGCCCCGUGAUUACUUUACUUAAAAUAUAGCAUUAAAUGAGAAUGAAGAAGAAGAGUAGGGGAGGUUAUGGAAGGAUAGUCAAUCAAGAACCAUGCAGGAAUGUCGUCGACCAGAUGAUAGUCAGUACUAGCGUAUAGGAGAGUUGCUGGUGGACGUUAGCCAGGGGCCAGGCGCAAAAGAAAAGGGACAAGAGCUCAACGGUUUCCGCUUGUGAGAUAGUUUAUGGUGCGCGCCCUGCCUCCCCUAAUACGUUGUUUUACAUCGAUCGAUGUGUAAAUAGUUAGUCGAAGGUAUGGGAAUUACAAAAUGGGUGGGAAAGAAAUCUGAACUCAUGUGGGGUUCGUGCGGGAGCCUAUUUGUCCCAAGAGCUUGCCGGAGUGUGGUGCACGCCAGCAAUGCAGCAAUAGAGUACGAAAGUGCAACACAAUGAAGCAGGAAAACAUUUCCCAAUCGAUGCCAACAAAUGUUAGUGUGUGAUUUUGGAUGUCCUGCAUCCUCAUUCGAACCAUUCUCGCCGUAGUGUAACGAAUAAAUAUACCAUCUAAGUGUUUUUUUCCUUCUCGAUAGAAUUGAGCGUACUUCUGGAUCUGGUCGUGGGUGUGUAUAUAUGAUCAAUUUUUCUGCAAUCUGUAUGUAAUUGUUAAUUUCGUCUGCAAUCGGAUUGUGAUGCCACCGAUUCGAUGGUGAUUCCGAGCAAUCUACCGAAUGUUAAUCUUAAAUAA